CCACAACAGCGCCCAGCGCUGACCAAUGGCGCAACACUUCCGGGUUGGGCGGGGUUUGUUUCUUUCCUCCCGUUGCGGUGACGUCAUGCCCGUCGCGUGUGACGUCACGAGCGCUCCGCGGCGCGCGGGCCCGGCUCCAUGGUGGAGCAGGAGAGGCUGCGGCGGCUCCUGAGGCUGGUCCAGGAGGGAAACCUGGCUCUCCUCCGGGAUGAGCUGAGGCUGGAUGAGGUUCCUGAGGCUCCCAGCUGGCGCUGGGGACGUUUGGGAGAUUCCCUGCUGCACCACGCGGCUCGCUCGGGACACCGGGAUGUGCUGGAAUUCCUGGUCCAGGAGAUCGGGAUGGACAUGGAGGUGGCCAAUGGGGACUACAAGAGACCCCUCCAUGAGGCUGCUUCCAUGGGACACUGGGAAUGUGUGUCCUUCCUCCUGGAGAGAGGGGCGAGCGUGGACUGCCUGAAAAAGGGUGACUGGACUCCCCUGAUGAUGGCUUGCACCAGGAAAAACUUGGAAGUGAUCAAGACUCUGGUGGAGCACGGAGCCAACCCGUUGUUGAGGAACAAGGAUGGCUGGAAUUGCUUCCACAUUGCCAGCAGGGAAGGGCAUCCCGAGGUGCUCCGCUACCUCCUGGAUGUGUCCCCAGGCUGCUGGGACACGGAGAGCACCACGGGCAGAACUCCUCUGCACACAGCAGCAAUGCACGGCUGUUCCCAGGUCGUGGAGCUGCUCCUGGAACGGUGCCAGUACCAACCUGACAGCAGGGACAGCUGUGGGGUCACUCCCUUCAUGGACGCGCUCCAGAACGGGCACGUCGGCAUCGCCCGGCUGCUCCUGGAGAAACACCAGGCCUGUCCCACGGCUGUGGAUGCCCUGGGUGCUCAGGCCCUGCACAGGGCAGCUGUGACAGCCCAGGAUGGCUCCAUCCAGUUCCUGGUGUCCGAGCUGGGCGUGGAUGUCAACGGCAGAGCGACGUCCCUGCAGCUGCCAGCCCUGCACUACGCAGCCAAGGAAGGACAUGGACACACCAUCCAGACCCUGCUGUCCCUCGGAGCUGAUCUCCAGGCCAAGGAUGGGAAGGGCCGUUCUGCCCUGCACGUGGCCAGCGGCGGGCAGCGCGCCGAGGCCGCGGGGACCCUGCUGCGCGCCGGGCUCCGCGACGGCCCCGACGGCACGGGGACGCUGGCCCGGCAGCUGGCCAGGAGGCCUGAUGUCGUCCAGCUCUUCCAGGGAACACCAGCCAGCUCCUGAAGAAGAGGAACCUGCUCCUUUUUCAUGCGGGUACGGUGGUUAUUCCU